ACUUUCACCUACAACUCCACGACGGUUCUUUCAGCGAGCGCACCACUUCUCUACACAUUCUUCACACUAAACCGUCGAAAUGGCUGAUUCCACCUUGGCCGCCAACGGCAACUCUCUUCUUGAGACCACCAAGACCAGUGAGUGUUUCCCCGCGAUCUUUGCGCACGCCGCUGCUGCGUAUCAAUCCGUCGCCAACGGCCCUGUUGCUCAGAACGUCUACGAUCACACUCAGAAGGCCUCCAACGAGCUCUCUAACCUUGCUGCUGCUCGACGCACUCCCGCGAAUCCCGCUGCUACCGGCCAGCCGCUAACUCACUACCACUCGUUCUUUUCUGAGCUUCUUUCAUGGAACAACCCUCGCGCAUCUGCCAUUGCUUAUGUGACUAUUAUCGGUGCUAUCUUCACUGCGCGAUACCUGGAUCUUCUCCGAUGGGGACUUAAGGUUUCGUGGAUGAUUCUUGGUGUAACCAUUCUUGCCGAGGUUCUUGGCAAGGUCAUUCUCAACAACGGCCUUGCUACUCAGGUUCGCCCUCGUCGAUACUACACAGUACCUCGCGAGACUCUGGAUGCCCUUAUUGGGGACGUUCACGAGCUCAUUAACUUCUUUGUCAUCGAGGCCCAGCGAAUCAUCUUUGCCGAGAACGUUUUUGCUUCCGCCGCCGCUUUCGUCGCCGCUUUCAUUUCAUACUACCUCGUCAAGCUUGUUCCUUACUGGGGACUUGCUCUCAUCGGUACCACCGUCGCCUUCGUCGUUCCCCUUAUCUAUACAUCCAACCAGGAGCUAAUCGAUGAGCAACUCCACCACGCUUCCGAGCUCAUCAACUCCCAGACUGCUCAGAUCCAGAGCGUCGCUUCGAAGCAGAUGGAACAGGUCUCUAACAUCAGCAAGCAAUAUGCUGGCGACUACAGCGGCAAGGUUCAGGACCUUCUCCGUGGCAAGACUCCUUCUCGCCAGAAGAUUGACAAGCCUGAGCAGCCCAUUUCUGCCAAGCAGCCGGAGUUUCCCUCUCCUCCUACUGAGGACCCCAUCAAGUCCACAGAGGCUCCUCAGAUCCCUACCCCUGCCGCUCUCAAGGAGGAGCUGAAUGCGCCCACCGCUAUCGAUACCGCAGCCCCUGAGCUCCCUCACGAGGACGUUGUCCCCAGCAAGGAGCCCAUGCUUGCUUCUUAAGUGACCAAUAGGAGACGCCUGCCAUGCGUACACGAGCUCAGAAGGCUAAGCUGCCCUGAGCAAUGAAUAUGUUUUACGGCAUUUUGGGGCGUAUGUCGAUCCUUGAAUUAGGAGCAAGGGUUGUUCAGAUUGGACUCGGGCGUGAAAUGGUUUCUUGGGAGCAUUCUUUAACACGCAAUGCGACGACGAUUGUUGACGUUGAUGAAGGGUGGUUAAAAUACGGAUUGAGCGGGCAGAUGCUGAUGUCAGGGAGAGUAUUCCUAUGGAAACUCUUGAUUAAUACGUAUGGGAGGACAUCGCAUCUGGCCUGCUGCUUGUUUUUGUACGUUUGUGUCUCGAGGAUAGGUGUUUAGGAUUGUUACUGUGUAGCUUGUUGAAGCAAAUGCUAUUCACUCAACUUUUAAACAUACUGAAAAAUUCU